AUGUUUUUAAGGAUUCAAGAAAUAGAGAUAAGAAAGCUUAUUUCCUCAUCAACCAAACAUUGUAUAAAGUUGAGUUUGAGAAAAUAUCAAAUGCAACCAUUGGCUAAAGAGGCAUGGGAGAAGCUCCAAACAUCUCUUAAAGGUGAAAACAAUGUAAAGAAUGUACGUCUCCAAAUUCUAAGAGGUGAGUUUGGAUGUGGCAAUUAUGGAAGAGGUUCAAAUUUCACUAACACCAUUUAUAAGAGAGGAGAAACCUCAACAAGAGGACAUGGAAGAGGAAACAUAAACACAAGGAAUUUUAAAUCUCAAAGUCAAUGUUACAAUUGGAAUAAGUUUGGCCAUUACACCUUAGAAUGUGGAUCUUUCAAGAAUAUAGUUAAGGAGAAUAUUAACUAUGUGGAAGAAAAGGAUAAGAAGUUCGAAAUAUUGUUGCUAGCACAUGAGAAUAAUGAAGGAAGCCGAGAAAAUUUAUGGUACCAUGACAUUACUACAAACAACCAUAUAUGUGGAAAAAAGAGCAUGUUCAUAGAACUUAAUGAACCAGUAAAUGGAAAUGUCUCAUUUGGGGAUGAUUAUAAGGUUCUGGUGAAAAUCAAAGAUAAUAUCUUAAUUUGUUUUAAAGAUGGAUACAUCAAUUUAUUUCAAAUGUUUACUAUGUUCCAAACAUGA